AUGUAUGAUCAAUGGACGGAAAAUCAUUCCCUGGCCGCGGUCCUGCUGGGACUUGCGACCCUGGCAUUUGUUCUCAUCCGUGCUCGUAAACAAGCUCUCGAUUUACCUCGAUUCGAAGUCACCUCCAAUGUCGCCAAAACCAUCGAGGAAGCACAUGCACAGUAUCCUGACGAUCCGUUCAUUCUCUCAAUGGUGGGAAUGGAGUUAGUUAUUCUUCCCCGGUCUGGCAUCGAUGUGCUUAAAGCUUUACCUGAAGACCAUGUCUCCAUCAAGAAACAUCACCAUGACGUCUUCUUGGGCCAAUACACGUACAUGGGCACAAAAGCCCCCGAAUUCGACGAGGCCAUGCGCUACGAUCUCACGCGGAAUACACCGACCGUGCUGGCCUCCUUCGUGGCCGAGGUCGCUUACGCCGUGGAGCAGAGCUUCGGUCAGCCUCGCGAAUGGACGUCCUUCCAGCCGCGGCAAUGUAUGUCCCGGAUCGCGUCGUUGAUGUCGGGCAGAGCAUUUGUCGGCCUGCCACUCAGCCGCGACGAUACCUGGAGCCAGGCAACGGUCACCUACACGCAGGACGUCACUCGCGCAUGGCUGGUUCUGCGCAUGAUUCCAUGGCCGAUCCGGCCGUUGAUUGCAGACCUACUCCCGCAGGUCCGAUCGUUAAAGUACCAGCGGCGGAUGACGGAAGAGAAGCUCAAGCCGCUACUUGAAAAUCCACCCAGCCAGGCGUCAGCGGCCGACGAUGCCCCGGGAGGGGAUAUGCUGCGUUGGUUCCGACAGCGGUACCCGGGAAAUCCCACGCCUAAACAGCUCGCCCGGGAUCAGCUUCUGGCCACCUUCGCCUCUAUUUACAAUCUCUCCAAUGCGUUGACCUACUUGAUCUUCGAUCUCGCCAGUCAUCCAGAGCAUAUCGAGCCGCUGCGAGCCGAACUUCAGGAUGUACUACAUGGAGAAUCGAUCAACAAGGAGAAUAUCCAGAGACUAAAGAAACUGGAUAGUUUUAUCCGUGAGUCACAGCGGCUUAGUCCGCCUUCGCUAGGCCUCGACUAUGCAGCAAAUAUGCCACGAAUUGUGACACAUCCGCGGGGUCUGAAGCUUCCCAGUGGACAUGUAAUCCCACGCGGAACCCGGGUUAUGGUCCGCGCGCACACUCUCAACAUGGAUCCUCUACUGUGGUCAAAUCCGGCCGAGUUUGACGGCUUCCGGUUUUCGAAAUUGCGGGAUCAACCGGGCAACGCCUUCAAAUAUCAACAUGCCACGACGGGCACAGACAACAUCAAUUUCGGUCAUGGUAUAUGGGCGUGCCCCGGGCGCCACUUUGCCAGUAGCCAGAUGAAAGUGGUUCUAGCCCAUUUGCUACAGCACUAUGAUAUCAAGCUACCUGACGGCGCCGACAAGCCUAAGCAGCAGCAUUUCGGUCUGGCCAUUGUACCCGAUGAAAGGGCCACAGUUCUGAUGAAAUUGAGACAGUAG